AUGUUAAGGUAGAUUUGGGAAAACGUUUUUUAAUGUUUAAUUGGUGUUAAAAGUGUUUGUUUUACCUUAAAAGGUGGUAAGGAGGUUUCAACAUUAGUGCAGUUAUUACCAUUGAGAUACAGUAACUAAAAGAUGGUACUUUAGAUGAUAUGAUACAAAACGUUGAUACUAUAGAUGAUAAAAUGACCAAAAGUAACAUUCCUAUUACACAUUCCAUCGUAUAACAUGUCUUUACCAUCAAAAAUUGUAACGUUCUUUCAAAAAUCUUGCCUUCAAGUUGUUUACAAACCUUAUCAACCGUUAAUUGAACCGAUAGUUUAUACCGUUUUAUCAAACUUCGCUUUCAAGAACUGUCCAUCUGACUUUCACGUUACCCUACCGUAUUCUUAUCUUGGGCUAAAAGCUCGUUUUUCGUCGUGUAUUACUAAAAAAGAAACAAACAAAAAAUUUACAAAGAAUAUCGCUGUAAAAGUGUUUGUUUGUUACUGCUGAUAACAAUCAUUGAAAACGAAAUUUUGUUUAUGUAUGGCUUUUGGGAAAGUGCACGUAUUCAGCGUAUAACUUGUCGCUUUUUUGAAAUUUAUUUUUGAGUUUGGAUUAUCAGGUCAUGUGGGCUGCAAUGACUGUAGUAUUAGGUCGUUCGCUUAAUUUUGCGCCCCAUAACAGCGGAAAUUUGCUUAGAAAGGGGGCGUAGAGUUAAGUAAACGGUCUAAUAGUAUUAGCACAGAACUAGUAAUAUUAGUAGCACAACACUAGUAGCAGUUGUAGCAGCAGCAGUAGUAUCAGCAGCAGGAGUAGUAGUAGUAGCAGUAGCAGUGGUACUAGUAGCAGCAGCAACUGUAGUGACAGCUGUAGUGACAGUAGCACGACACCAGUAGUACUAGUAGUAGUAGUAGUAGUAGUAGCAGUAGUACUAGUAGCAGCAGCAACUGUAGUGACAGCAGCAGCAGUAGUAGCAGUAGCAGCAGCCGUAGUGACAGCAGUGGUAGCAGUACCACAACACUAG